GUGAUUAUACGGCUCUCGCUGUAACCUCCAAACGUCAAAGCUCCAGUCACACUGCGCAUGUGUAGACUGUAUAGAGGAAGGUGACACGCUGCCCGGUAGGUAGGCGUAGAAGAAGAAGUCACGUGACGUGUUUAAAGUUAAACUUCCUGUUGUCAAUUCAGUUAGUAGUUGUUGAUUGUUGCUCUAAUCUAUCAUUUUAACUCUUUUUGUAACAAGUCGGGAGUGGAGUUUAUAUAUUUACUAGCCAGUUCUAGUUGCUGAGACUCGGAUGUAUCUUUAGGUUUGACUUGUAUCCGUUAGCUUCAGCUGGUGUGCUUUACGUCGUCAAUAACCUGAUAACUAGUUGGGUGUUCAGUAUGUUAGCUAGCACCAUGGCCAGUCCGCUUCCAAUGCAAUGUGUUGCCUCUCUGAGGAAAUCCGGAAUUCAUUUAAGAGCUGCUGCUCUGGGCAUCAAUACGCGACACUACAGCAGCAAAAAGGGGUCUUCAACCGAGUAUUUGAACCAGAGUGUUGUACCAUCGAUGCAUUACCAGAAGAGUUUACCCAGACUACCCAUACCAAAGCUGGAGGACACUGUCGGGAGGUACUUAGCUACACAGAGGCCUCUGUUGGAUGAUGACCAGUUCAGAACAACAGAGAAAAUUGCACAGGAUUUCCAGAACGGUGUGGGGAAACAGCUACAUGAGGAACUGGUAGCUCAGGACAAAAACAAUAAACACACAAGCUACAUCUCAGGACCAUGGUUUGACAUGUAUCUGUCUGCUCGUGACUCUGUGGUGCUGAACUUCAACCCCUUCAUGUCCUUCAAUCCUGACCCCAAGACGGAGUACAAUGAGCAGCUUGUGCGGGCGACCAACGUGGUGUGUUCAGCAGUGCGCUUCAUGAAAACACUGCGAGCCGGAUUACUGGAGCCAGAGGUUUUCCACCUCAACCCGGCAAAGAGUGACACAGACGGCUUCAAAAGGUUCAUCCGCUGGGUCCCGUCUUCACUGUCCUGGUAUGGAGCGUACAUGGUGAAUGCUUACCCCCUGGACAUGUCUCAGUACUUUCGCCUCUUCAACUCAACUCGGAUCCCCAAGAGGGGGAGAGAUGAGCUCUUCACCGAUGAGAAAGCGCGACAUCUCCUAGUUAUGAGGAAAGGCAACAUGUAUGUGUUUGACAUUGUAGACAGGGAUGGGAAUUUGGUGAAGCCUGCAGAGAUUCAGUCCCACUUGAAGUACAUUUUGUGCGACCCAACGCCAGCGGCUGCCUUUCCUCUCGGCGUCCUUACCAGUGAGAACAGGGACGUGUGGGCCGGGCUGAGGGACAAGCUGAUAGCUGCUGGAAACGCAGAGGAUUUAAGGAUUGUUGACAGUGCCCUUUUCUGUCUCAGUCUGGACGAUGAGAGCAUGAAGGACCACAUCCACAUCUCCCACAACAUGCUGCACGGCGACGGCUGCAACCGGUGGUUUGACAAGUCCUUCACAGUCAUUCUGACCAAAGAUGGACAGGCAGCCAUCAAUUUUGAGCACUCCUGGGGCGACGGUGUAGCUGUACUUCGCGUUCAAAAUGAGAUCUUCAAAGACACAACGGAGCGGCCGCUGGUAAACCCGGGCUCCGCUGCUGCUGCUGUAGAUUCAGCCUCUGCUGUGCGCAGACUGCAGUUCAACCUGGACAGCGAGCUGGAGAAUGGCAUCAAAACAGCCAAGGAGAACUUUGACUCAAGCGUAUCGACACUCACCAUUGAUGCCAUGGAGUUUAAGAAAGGUGGCAAGGCACAGUUGAAGAAGAGCAAGAUUAGUCCAGAUGCUGUAGCCCAGCUGGCUUUUCAAAUGGCUUUCCUGAGGCAGUACGGACAGACGGUGGCCACAUAUGAGUCCUGUAGCACUGCAGCGUUCAGGCAUGGCCGCACAGAAACCAUCCGGCCAGCCACCAUACACACAAAACGAUGUUCACACGCCUUUGUUUUACAGCCAGGACAACACAGUGUGGAGCAACUACAGGCCAUGUUGAGAGAAUGCUCCAAAUAUCAUGGACAGCUCACCAAGGAAGCAGCUAUGGGACAAGGUUUUGACCGUCACCUGUUUGCCCUGCGAUACCUGGCUAAUUCAAAGAACGAGGCUCUGCACAGCCUUUACUCAGACCCAGCUUACGCCGCCAUCAACCACAACAUCCUCUCCACAAGCACCCUCACCAGUCCAGCUGUGAAUCUUGGUGGCUUUGCCCCGGUGGUGCCCGAUGGCUUUGGCGUUGGCUAUGGCGUCCAUGACGACUGGAUCGGCUGCAAUGUGUCCAGCUACCCGGCUCGCAACGUCCAUGAAUUCCUGCAGUGUGUCCACAAGUCCUUAGAGGACAUUUUCACUGUCCUGGAGGGAAAGACACUCGGCUAAGAAACAAGUGGUUGUCAUCAAUAAUGUUUGAUUUUAUGGAACAGUGGUGAUUGAUUAACUUCUCUGGGCAACAAUGCAGUAAGUGAGAUGAAUAUGAAUAUUUAAUACACCAGAAAAUAAACACAAGGAGAAUUGCAGUGCUUAUAUAUGUAUUUCUAUUUUCAUUAAUUUGAUGGUUGACAAUUUAAACCUGUUCUUUAAAGGGGUUUGGAUAUUACUAUGGGUAUUAAAACAAGGGAUCUUGUUAAUUUAUCAAAAUUGAUGUAAUAGAAAACAAAUUAUAUUGUAAACCUUUGAAUGCAGGCAUAAGCCAUGAGAUGUAUUGUAUAAUAAACAAACACAUUUAACCUAAAAUACUGGAAAAAUUUACUUUCCACUUAAACAGAUUCAAUCAACUGUCUUUGCAAGACUUCAUCUGUUAAGUCAGUAGUGUACUUUAGUCUGAUUUUAAUUGUUAGCUGUGUUUUUGUUUUAGGGUGACAUUAUACAGUGAGAGGUGACAACAUUCAAAGUGCUAGUAAUAUGUCUGCAGCAUGGCUUCACAGAUGUAGAACUUCUCUGCAAUACAGAUUAGAGUAUGAAGUCAACUUCUGUCUUAUCAAAAUGUGAAUUCAGCAGAGCAGUUGCUGAUUGUCACUGUAAUAACUUCUAAUUGAUGUUUGAAUGUAUUUUGAAAUAAAAUUGUAAUGACAUUA